ACCUUGCAAGGGGGCAUCCCAGCCUGGAACUCCUCCUCCACCCUCUGCAAAGGGACCCCUUUCAAGCUUUGGGGGGGGGAGGGAGAGGGAUCGAAAAGACCCCGCCGAGAGUUUUUCUGUUGCCCCCGGAGCUGAGCGGGCACCUUCCAGAAAAGACCCUCCCCAAAAUGAGGGCGGGGUGUGUGUCAAGAGAGUUGAAGGAGGGACAGACCUUUCACUGAGUCUGAAAGGUUUGUUGAUUUUGCCACCACCCUCCCCUCCAAACCGUUACUUGGUCCUGAAUUUGAUCAUACAAUCAUAGCUUCUGAAUGAAAACAGCCUGCAAUUCCGGAAGUUUCCUUUCUUUUCCGCCUCCAGUGUAAAAAAACGGGAGCUCUCUUGAGAGCUGAAUGGCUUGAAUACCGUCUCCCAGCCUCUCUGCCACUCCUCCAGAUCCCAGGACUGAAAAGACCUUUGGAGACCCAGGAGAUCCACCCAUGUCAAAGAAAAGACCAGAAAUGGAUGCAAACCAGCCAACCUGGAAGCGAGCGGGAAAAGGCCUCAUUGCCACUCAACCCGGGAACUGUGGGGAGGUCUGGGUAGGACCUGGGCAGAAGAUCCCAGAGAAGGAAGCCCUCAGUUCUGAGAUCCAGCAUUGGCACUUCAGGAACAGCCCCUUUCAGGAGGCCGAAGGACCACGAGAGCUUUGCAGCCGCCUUCACCGCCUUUGCUGGGGAUGGUUGCAGCCCGAGAAGCACACCAAGGCUCAGAUGUUGGACCGGGUGAUCUUGGAGCAGUUUCUAGCCGUCCUGCCCAGGGAGAUGCAGCGCUGGGUGCGGGAGUGCCGAGUGGAGACCACUUGCCAGGCGGUGGCCCUGGCCGAAGGUUUCCUGCUAAGCCAGGCAGAGGAGGAGGAAAUGCACCAGGUUCUGGGGUCCUUCAUGGAGAUAGGGACUAAUUGUCCUGGGGAAAGAGUGAAUCCCACAAAUCGCUCUCAGGAGCCACGUUGUAGAGGACUUUACAAAGAGGGAGAUCAAUGUCAAGACACCUCAAUAG